AUGUUAAGCACGAUGCUCGGUACUGCAUGCGAGAAUUACAUUGUGCUCGUUUUGAAUCGAGAUCAGGCGCAUCUUAGCGUCGGCAUGACUCUCAAACAAGGGUACUUACUCGAGCCCCUCUCCCUUCCCUCCGUCAACUGCCCUCCCCCAUCACACCCUCCCUCGUCAUACCGGCCCCUUCGCAACGCUUACACCUUCACACCACCAUCCCCUACCACCUACAAGCCGUCCUUCAUCGUCUCCGAGCUUCCUGACCUCGCCCUCGCCACCUUCUCCUCCCCCUCCCUCCUCACCAACUGCCCUUCCCCAUCACUCCACCCUCGUCAUACUCACCCCCUCUCUAUUCGUCCACCCUCGCACUACCCUCCCCCAUCACCUGCAGACCUUGCUCCGUCGCCUCCGUCCCCCUUACCUUCGUCUUUACCACCUUCUCCUCCCCUUCUCCUCCCUCCGACCCUUCCCCCCUGCCGUUAUUUGAGACGUUACUGA